AUGGCUCAGACUAUUCAGGAAUUACUAUCUAACAGACUGUCUGCUGGUGAGCAGGCGACAAAGUAUUGGAUACGGUUCAGGCUUAUGACCAGUGGGCUGAGGUGUGUAAAUACAUUUAGAUACUAUACGCUUUCAAUUACUGUUCAACGUCUGAUAAACAUCCACUUCCUUGAUCGUGUCAGUGCCCGCUUCCCAGUGCCAGCAACCGAAACAGGAGGUUUUCGAACAACCCUCGUAGAUCUGGGCUGUGGAACCGACAGAAAUAUAAUUCAAUUGGUAGAUGCUAUAUCCCCAAAUUCAAGGGCAGAUUCAUUCGAAAUCGUCGGUCUAGAUGCUUCACCCGGAAAUCCAAGACUGGACGUGGACCUGGGCAUAUUGGAUCUUCUGCAGCCCAAUCUGGAACAGUUACCUGCUUCUUUGGGUCCUCCAGCUGGGGCAGCGGGUGUUAUAUCUACACUUGUAUUAGAACGCAUCCCACUUCAGCAAUAUUUUGCUGCUGCCUCGGCAAUCAUGAGAGCUGGUGCAUAUCUCUUGGUUACUAAUAUGCAUGCUGAUAUGGGGAUGCGCAGUCAGGCGGGCUUCACCGAUCCGGCGACUGAUGUUAAGAUUCGGCCUACGAGUUCUUGUCACGAGAAUUGGGAUGUUUUGGCAGUUGCUGCGGAGGCGGGGUUCAAUAUUGAACAUGUUGUUGGCUGUAACGAGGAUGGAGCAUUGGCUCGAGGUGUUGAUGAGGUUUGGGAGAGGUGCUGGGUGCGAGAGCUGAGAAUGGGUUGGGGUUAG